AUGGCGAAUUAUUCCAAUCAACACUUUAGUAGUAGUAGUAAUUACUACCAGGCGACCAAGGAAGUCGCCGCCCGUUCCAACAUCCAGGCCAGCGCCUACACCGUUGAUGCCGUCGACAUGGCCCUGAAGGGCUUCCACUACUCUACCUGCGGGGCAGGCGGAGCGGGGUGGGCUUCGUCGUCGCCGCAGCGCCCGGGCCUCAAGGCUCGCUCGCGCAGCAGAGGCGCCGCAUACACCAUCACGGAAGAAUGUGAGAGACUCUUCUGCGAGACACUGGACACCGUUUUUCUUGGUGAGGGAAACACCGUCGCUCAGGACUCGCUUGUGAUGGGUAUGCGUUACAACAACAAGACAAGCAUCGACAAAAGUGCACCGCUGCCUUCUCCUUCUCCCUCGACUGAUAGCGCUAUCGACAUGGCUGUUCCCAACAACCCUGUGCGUGACUGGGUCGAGAUCUGGGAGUAUUCUGCUGGUUUGCGCUUCCGUGGCUUUGUCACCGACAAGAAUGGACAAAGCACCUUGUUCGUCUUUUUCGACAAGUCGGUCAUCGGACCUGACCUCAAGAAUGGCCUCAUGUGCCUUCUCGAGUUGGCUGGUAGCGAAGACUUUGGCUGCUCCAACCUCGUCGUCUGCCUUGAUCGCUCUGCCGACCAAGAAGACCUCAAAGACUUGACUCGCGACCUUGGCUGGGUCGGUUUCGAGCUUACUACCCUGGACCGCUGGUCAAAGGGCGUCGCUUGCACAAGUGACAAGUGGAUCUUCCUCGAUAUGGAAGUCUAA